AUGGCCCGGCUGGGCGCUCUGCUCCUGGCCGCUGCCCUGGGUGCGCUGCUCAGCUUCGCGCUGCUGGCAGCUGCCGUGGCCAGCGACUACUGGUACAUCCUGGAGGUGGCGGACGCCGGCAACCGCACCAGCCGAGACGGGCAGCUCUCCUCCCACUCGGGGCUCUGGCGCAUCUGCGAAGGGCAGAACAGCUGCAUCCCCCUGAUUGACCCCUUUGCCAGCGAGGUCCUGGAUGCCUCCGCCUCAGUGCGGCGCCUGCUCUCGCUGCACCGUGCCGUCAUGGUGGUCCUGCCCCUGAGCCUCAUCCUCAUCGUGUGCGGCUGGAUCUGCGGCCUCCUCAGUUCCCUGGCCCGGAACGGCCCUCUGCUGCUCUUCACUGGCUGCUACUUCUUGCUGGGGGGCACCCUGACCCUGGCGGGAAUCAGCGUCUACAUCCACUACUCGCACCUGGCCCUGGCGGAGACGGCCCGCCAGUACGGCCCCCGGCACGUGCAGGACGUCCGCAUCAGCUUCGGCUGGUCUGUGGCCCUGGCCUGGGGCUCCUGCGCCUCGGAGGCACUCAGCGGCACCCUCCUGCUCACAGCAGCCCGAGCCCUCGGCCUGAGCCAGCAGCCGGGCGCCCCCCACUCUGUGGUCAUCUGA